GUUUAAGGAAUUCAGACUAAGGAAAUGCCUGACAACAACAUGACCAGCCUGGCAAGUAAGCUGGGACACCUGCAGCUUUGCCUUAAGAGUGAACACGACCAAGAACUGGGGUAUGGACUGGCACUGAGAGAAGCUAUCAUUACGUCAGACCAUAUUAUGGAGAUAGAAGUCUUGAAAAGCCUUGGAGAUCUUCAUCUUGAGAAAGCCAAGCUCAGGAAAGAUUCUGCAGAGUUUGACAAGGCUGCUGGCCUGUAUGCUGCUGCCUUACUGCGCUGCAAAGAUCCAAACGUGGGAGAAACACUGGAACACCGUGUCCACUACAUGGAGAAACUCUCCAGACAACUGCUGCAGGGGUACAGUCCACAGUAUCAGUCACCAGACUUCUGGGGUACUGCUGACAGUAAUGUCUUAAGGGUGACAGAGAUUUGUGACAAACUGGUCAGAAGUGUGACAUCAUGGCGUUCCCUUGAGGAAGUUUUAGUGAAGACAUUAGUGAAUGCUAUUGCAAGCAUUGACAUUUUCUUAGAGCUUGAGGUUUUAAAAUCUUUAGGAGAUCUGUACCUUGAGAAAGGGAAGAAAACUUCUGAUGUAUCGCAGUUCUCCAAGGCAGCUGCCAUGUACAACAAGGCCCUGACAACAUGUGAGGAGCAAGGAGCAAAAGAAACUCUGCACCAUCGCAUCAGGUACACAGACAAGAUCAGGGAUGCAGUGAAAAAGGUAAACCUGGACUCAGCAGAAAAGUACUUUGCAGCUGCACUCAAGACUGUACAUUUAAGAGAUCCCACUGUUCAGCAGUACCAGAGAGAAGUGGAGCCCCUGUGCAAGUUGGGGGAUGUCUACAGUAAGCGAGGUCAGCAGACAGGAGACGGGGGAGACUUGGUCAAAGCAGCAGCACUCUACAAUGCAGCAAUAGCCAGGUCAGAGGAUCAAGUCCUCAAUGGUAACUUAACAACAGCUAUUAGGGAAAUAGAGAAGUUGUUUCUGCAAUGUAUCUUAGAUGUUCAUUGUGUAGCUCAAAACAACACAGAAAAUCACAAGAAACAGCUGAAGGAGAUGCGGGACCAGAUCAAGCUGGAGAUGGAAACCAUUGACCAGCAGCUGGAUCCCUAUGUACAUGAUGAGGAUGACCCAUGUGUCAGAAAGAUAGAGGCAAAACGAGCUCAGGCUGUCAGGCAGUUGUUUAAGAAAAUUGCACAACAAAGGAAGGAGUUCAUCAGCCUGCUUGUAGAAGAGUGUAUUGGGUUAAUGGGUCCCCCUCCCUGUAAGUAUGCCCUGAUAGGUUUGGGUUCACAGGCCACAGGACUGGUAACUCCAUACUCAGACCUGGAGUUUGCCAUCUUGGUAGAGAAAGAAAGUGAAGAAUGUCUUGUGUAUUUCCGUAAGCUCACCCACUACCUUCACCUCAAGGUGGUCAACCUGGGAGAAACCAUUCUCCCAGCACUUGCAAUAAGAAGUCUAAAUGACUUUUACUCAAUCAAUCCACUUGACAACUGGUACUAUGACUCUGUUACACCUCGUGGGUUUGCAUUUGAUGGCUCCAUGCCAAAGGCAAGCAAGACUCCACUGGGCAGGCAGGGAACUAAGAACAGACCACCCAGUGAACUCAUCUGUACCCCACAAAACAUGGUCAAAAUACUACAAAAUGAUGCCACAUUGUAUCAGAAGGAGGGAUAUCACCUUGCCAGCAUCUUGAGAAACCCAUGCCUGAUAGCAGGGGACCAGGAUUUGGUUGACAUAUACAUGAACAUCACAGUGGAGAUACUGCAAGCUGAUGGGGGUAAGAUGGCUCAUGAACUGGCACAGAUGGUAUUGAAGGAAAAUAUUAAAGACUUCAGUGAUAACUACAUAGUUACAGCAGAAAUGAUUGAUGUGAAGAAAAAACUCUAUCGCUUCCCAGCUGUAGCAGUGGACUGUUUGGCACUGUUGUCAGGCAUCAUACCUACCACAGUUUGGAAAACAAUAGACAAAAUGGAAAACCAACCGGUGAUCUGUCCUCAUAAUGCAAAUCAUGUUAGAGUGCUUGUCAGUAUCUCAGCAGAACUCAGGCUCAGGACAUACAUUGCAAAUGGAGGACAGAGGGAAAACCUGUCAGGGCUCUCCUCAAUGCAAUCAGUGUUACAGGAAACAGAAUCAUAUUCGGAGAAAGAUGUUGAAAACAGUGCAAAUACAUUGAAACCAGUUUUCCAUCUGCCAACGAAAAAACAGCUUAUUAGGUACUACUAUACAGCCAUUCCCCUGAAAAAGUUUCUAUCUGAACAGCUCCAGAAAAAGCAUGUCCCAACUUUGAUGUCUCAUUUCUACGUUGAAUCUCCAGUAGCCCGAGGAAUGAUGUACUUUGAGCUAUGUGAAUUUGCACAGGCUGUAAUUCAUUUAGAUGAGGCCCUGAAAAGAACUGUAGGUACUGGGAAAGAGAAAAUGUCUCUCUGCGGUAUUCUUGGGAGGUGUUGGUUGAGGCUAGGUGACUAUCAAAAAGCCCGCAGGUAUCUUGAAGAGGUAGAGCAGAUACAAAGAAGUAUGUAUGGACCGAAUGCAAUUAAUGAUGACAUCGCUUCCUGUUUUCUCAACCUCGGAUUAAUCUGGCAAUACCUUGCCGAUCAAAAAACAUCAAUUGCUUAUUUGGAAAAGGCACUCAAGAUGUACAAGAGCAUUCAUGGUCAGGAAAAUGCACAUUUGGAAAUAGCACAUUCACUCAAAAGUCUAGGAGAUACUUGGUUCGAAAUGGGCAAUUACAGGAAAGCAAUCGAAUAUGUUGAAACAGCAAUACAGAUGUUCAGAAGUAUCCAUGGGCAGCUUGCACAACAUCACCACAUUGCCACCGCACUAGGCAGCCUAGGACUAUUCUGGAGUUGCCUGGGUAAUCAUGGGAAAGCAAUCACCUACACAGAACAGGCGCAACAGAUGUACUUUAGUAUUUAUGGUCAGAAUGCAGUACAUCCUGAGAUUGCCGGCUCCUUUAACAAUUUGGGGAAGUUCUGGCUUACAUUGGGUGAUAAUAAGAAAGCACUGAGCUACCUUGAAAAGGCAAUACAGAUGUCAAGGAGUAUCUAUGGUCAGAAAGCACAUCUCGAAAUUGUUACUACACUCUGUAGUGCAAGCCUAAUCUUGCUGGUCAUGGGGGACCACAAGAAAGCCAUGCAUUACUGUGAAGAGGCACUCCAAAUGAAAAGCAUUAUCUAUGGGCAGAGUAAACCGGCUGAAAUGGCUACUUUGCUCACCAACAUGGGGAUACUCUGCCAUCAGCUUGGCAAAUACCAAAUAGCGAUCAGUCAGCUAGAAGAGGCACUACAAAUACACAGAAGUGUCUUGGGGCAAACUGCAAUCCAUCCUUCCAUUUCUAAGGUUUUAAUAAACAUGGAAAUAACCUGGCGCUCCCUGGGUGAUCUAGAGAAAUCAGUAAGUUAUUGUAAACAGGCACUGACAAUGUUAAGAAAUAUCCAUGGCCAGACAAAGGAGCAUCAAGACAUUGCCCUCUGUCUCAGUGCCUUGGGCGAGGGUUUGGUAGGACUGGGAGAUAAUGAAAAAGCAAUAAGAUAUAGUGAACGGGCACUGAAGAUGUUCAUGAAUAUCUACGGCCAGACUACUGACCAUCCUCAUAUUGCAAGGUCACUAUACAACUUGGGGACAGCCUGGGGUAAUCUGUGUGAUUACCGUAAGUCAAUUAUGUAUUUAGAGCAGACAUUACAGAUGCUCAAGAAAGUCCAUGGGAAGAAUACUCCACAUCUUGAUCAUGACAUUGCAGCUGCACUUUCCAGACUGGGAUUAGCCUGGUAUGGCCGAGGUGAUCAUAGAAAAGCAAUCAGCUACCAUGAACAGGCCUUGCGUAUCAUGAGGAGUAUUCAUGGCCAGGGUACAGCACAUCCUAGCAUUGCCAUGUCACUUAACAAUAUAGGUGUUCUCUGGCAGGAAUUAGGUGAUCACAGUAAGGCUAUGAGUUACUUUAAGCAGGCACUGCAGAUGCAGAAGAGUAUCUAUGGUCAGAAUGCACAAAAUUUGAACAUUGUGAGUUUACUUUGCACCCUUUCCAUUUCCAGUUAUGAUUUGGGUGAUUUUAGAAACGCAAUCAGUUAUCAUAAACAGGCACUGGACAUGGAAAGGAGUAUCAAUGGUCGGACUAUAGCACAUCCUGAUGUUGUGCAGGCUCUCAAUGACUUAGGCAGAGCCGGGUGCAAGCUUGGUGAUUAUAGGGAAGCAAUUACAUACUUUGAACGGUCACUACAGAUGACAAGGAGUAUCUAUGGCCAUAACACACCACAUCCCAACACUGUUACUGCACUGAGAAACUUGUCAGAUGUGCUGGCCCUUCAAGGUGAUCACAGAAGAGCAAUUAGUCUCCAGCUAGAAGCAUUGGUUAUGACAAGGGAGUAAAAUUAACUUUUGCAGGGAAA